GUGCUUGAUCUAAUCACUGGUGCUUUGACUGGUGGACUACUUCACCGAUUUUUGGAUGUCUUUUGGCUCCAGCCAAUCCUUUAUAACCAGCCAGCAUGGAUGCCUUGGAAACAAGUUGAAAUGGAUCUAAUGUCGUCGCAGUACAAGUACAAGCAGGCUAAGCUUGAUAGCGAAAACAAGAACGCUUCUAUCACCGUUCGAUCAUGCUUUUAUCUUGUUCCAUUCAUUGUUGUCUCAUUUUUAGUCACUGACGUGCUAGGGGCCCUGCUCACGACCUAUUCAAAAGAGGAUGUUUUUUACGCUGAAAAGUACAAUGGCUGGCGCUAUCUGAUUGUUUUUGUCGUCGGUCUCUCCGCUGUCAACGCGUGCUUCAGUUAUGCUGGUGACUUGAAUCAAUUCACAGCCGCUUUACUUUCGGGAGGGACCUACGUAGAAGGUAGGAUACGCAUUGGUCGAAGAUGGAACGAUACAGCAGAUCACGAUAAUAAUAAUUUCAUGUUGCGCCUAGAACACUGGAAACCAAUGAUGCCAUAUCCCUACAAAGCAACUUCAUUGGCUAGACUUUGGUCUUAUCAUUGGCACCAAUGCUUUCGCUCAUUCUGGUUGUCAGUGCCAUAUCAUCCAGUUCGAAAAUUUUCCAAUGAACUCUUGGGAAAAUAUCUUCCACCGAACAUGGUCAAGCCCGUCACGAUGGCCAUUUCAACGAUAUCAGUGUUCUUCUUUUCAGGUUGUUUGCACGAAUACGUUAAUGUGAUAUUACUCGGUCCCAACACCUAUCCAAAGUACGCUGGGUUCGAGCUCAAGUUCUUUGUUGUCCAUGGUGUGGCAGUUGUUCUCGAAAAAUUGGUCUCCCAGGUCAUUUCGCCUCAUAUUCCUGACAAGUCACCUUACACAUGGAUGAAGUCGGUUGUUGGUUGGGCCUGGGUGAUGUCCUUCACAUUUUAUACCUUCCCAUUGUUCUUCUCUUCGUUCGUCGAGCUAGAGAUAUGGCAGGAGUUGACUAUGGGCUUGACGAAAGAAUGGUUUAACAAGACUGCUUUGGAGACACCAUGGCUGAGAGCUUUAUGUGGUGGCCUUCUAUAAAAGUAAUAGCAUUUCUUGCAGCGGAUGAAGUUAUUGCAUAUAGUAGAUUAAGAAUGCUUUAAAGAUAAAUCUGAUUGU